UAAACUCCUAACGUUACUGCUAACCGAUUACUUUACUAAUCGUAUUGUGUAAACUCAUUAAGUUUAAAGACCUGUAAAAUGUGAAAGAACGUAAACUUUAAAGAGAACUUUAAAGAUGAUGUUAAGAACGAUAGUGAUAGUUCUAUGUGUGUUGGUGCAAUGUGGUUUUGUACAGAGCGAGUUUGUAAUAGGGGGUUUAUUCUACGAAGGAGAUGAGUUGGAUGCGACAUUGGCCAACAGCGCGGAACACUUCGGGUUCCAGGUGUCGAUCAAGAAAGUGUCACGAAAGAGACAGUUGAUAGAGGCUGGGGAACACGUGUGCGAGCUCGCCAAUGAAGGAGUAAUAGGUAUAAUCGAUGGCACCAGCGGUAAGGUCAUGGCACACGUCCAAGCGAUAUGUGACUUGUUGGAUAUUCCACACAUCUUGAUCGACCACAAUGACUUGAUUACGGAGGACUGGUUCCAUUUGAACCUGCAUCCUAGCCCCCUGGCUUAUAACAUGGUCAUAUCAAAGCUUGUAGAAUUAAAACGAUGGACAAACGUCACCAUAAUGUACGAGAAAGGCUACAGUUUGAUGCGAGUGACCGACGUUCUGCAAAUGGCCAACAAGACCAUGACUGUCUCCAUUCGAGAAUUAAGUGGGAACGAUUAUAGAGAUGUUCUUAUAAAUUCGAAGAAGAACGGAUAUACCAAUUUCAUCGUUGAUUGCCCAUCGAAGAAACUCGAACAGUUUUUAUUGCACGCUCAGCAAGUGGGCUUGAUGGCGGAUGAGCACUCGUACAUAUUCCUGUCGCUUGAUCUGUUUAACAAGGAUUUAACUUCGUACAGAUAUGGCGGUGUCAAUAUGACUGGUUUUAUGAUAUCUAAAACCACAGAUUGGACCACGAACCAGAGUUAUAAUGAAAUUAAACAGUACUUAAUACAUGACGCUGUAAGGUUGUUCAAUGAGACUGUCAAAUCGGUGAAAGACAUGAGUGUCGAGUCGGGCACUGUCAACUGUCAAGAUUAUAAUUCCUGGGAUUAUGGGUCUUCUGUUUUAAACUUUAUGAAAACGAACAAAAUUGAAGAAUCCACCGGGCCACUUAUUUUUGAUUCAUCUGGUGAAAGGUCAGACGUGCAAAUCAAUAUUUUCGAAUUAACAUCUGCAGGCAGACAAUCGAUGGGAGAAUGGAACUUUAAGGACAAUGAUAUAGAAAUAAACCGGCCACUGCUUAUGAUACCUGACAUCACCGGAGAGUCCAUAAUGAGAAACCUAACAUUUAAAAUACUCGUUGCCAUGGUAUCACCAUUUUGUUACCUAAAAGAGUCUUCUACAACACUAACUGGCAACGAUCGUUACGAAGGUUUUGCGAUAGAUUUAUUUGAAAAACUUGCUGAUGAACUAGAAUUCCAAUACGAAUUUGAAGUGACCACUCUGCCAUACGGUGGCUGGGUUGAAGAAAAAAAUGACGCGGAUGGGAUAACCGGAGAAAUAUAUCAUGGGAGAGCAGAUUUUGGUAUUUGUGAUUUUACUAUAACAUCGAAAAGAUUGCAAGCUAUUGACUUCUUGAUACCAUUUAUGUCACUUGGCAUUGCAAUUUUGUACCGUGAGCCCAGUAAACAGCCCCCGGCAAUGUUUUCUUUCAUGGAAGUGUUUGCACCUGAGGUUUGGUAUUACAUGGUACUGAUACAGAUACUCCUUGGGGUUAUUAUGAUCCUGGUGGGCCGCUUGUCCCACAAGGAGUGGCAGAACCCGCAGCCCUGUAUCGAGGACCCGGAGGAACUGAGCAAUCAGUUCAGCUUUGCCAACUCCAUGUGGCUCAUUAUUGGCUCCGUCAUGCAACAGGGCUCAGAAAUCGCUCCGAUCGCCUUUGCUCCGCGCAUGAUAACGAGUAUAUGGUGGUUCUUCACUAUGAUCAUGGUUGCGUCUUAUGUCGGGACCUUGGUGGCUUUUCUUGUGGUGGAGAAAAACGUUUUACCCUUCGAAAAUGCGUACGAACUGAUUGACAAGCCCAUCAUGUAUGGUGCCAAAGACACGGGGUCAACUAUUCAAUUUUUUAAGGAGUCACAAGACCCACGGUAUAGAGCCCUGUAUGAGAAAAUGGAACAGAAAAAAUGGAACGCCAAAAGUAAUGAUGAUGGAGUUGCGAAGGCAGAGACCUCGAACUAUGCAUUUUUUAUGGAAUCCCCUUCAAUUGAAUAUUACAAACAAAGACACUGCUCGUUGAUGCAAAUAGGUGAUCUUUUAGAUUCAAAGAGUUACGGAAUUGGAAUAAAAAAAGGAUCUCCAUAUAAAAAAGUAAUGGACGAUGCAUUACUGAAACUACAGGAGAAUGGUGAGUUACAGAAACUGAAAGAUUUGUGGUGGAAAGAAAAAAGAGGGGGAGGAAAAUGCGGGCAAGAAACAAAAGAAGAGGAGAAGCAAUUGGGCAUGAAGCACAUGACAGGGGUAUUCGUUGUUCUGGGAGUGGGCUGUAUCCUCGGCAUUAUCAUUUCAAUACUCGACAUGUUGUGGGGAGUCAUGCAGCGGUCUGUCAAAUACAAAACAGCAUUCAAAUACGAGCUGGUUGAAGAAUUGAAAUUCGCUCUUAAGUUCAGCGGUGAUGUGAAACCAGUAAAACGGCCAGCGAAGACCGACGAAUCUCCCGGCGCCGACGUACCAGCCGAGGCGGAAGGCAAGGACGAGCUGCGGUCUCUGCGCUCGCUGUCGGUGCGGUCUGCCAGCACCCGCCGGUCGAGAAGCCACUCACAUAGCUCGCGCCAUUCUCCUUCUGACCUUAGCGUGCAGUUUGCUAGGAGGAGACGGUAUUCUCCCUCAUAGGAGUGCACAAGAUAUGAUUAUUACUGCAUUAUAAUAAGUGUAGAUAUUUGUUUUUUUUUUUUAUCAUGCAGAAACGUCUGCGAGUGAUAUUACA